UGGCACGAGCCCCGCUCCGCAUGGGAGGACAGCGGGUCCGAGGAAUUCCCUGAUCCCGGGGAUGAGGAAUCCGAGGCAUUCCCUGAUCCACACCGUGCCAGCAGGGACAUGGGAUCCGAGGCAUUCCCUCAUUCACACCGUGCCAGCGCAGAGGUGGAAGAGGGGGAAAUCCUCACUUCCCCCAUCCCUGUGUUCCCGUUCCGUGAGCACAGGGAUCCCUCUGGAGAAAGGCUGGAGUUCAGCGAUGCUGAGGACGCUUUGGACACGUUCCCGAGGGCACAGCAGCUCCUCAGCAGGGACACACGCAGGGGCGUGGCCUUUCAAGAUCCAUUGGACCUUUCAUCCAGCGACUCCGAGCAGGAAUAUUUUGGGAGGAACCCACGCCCCCCGCUUCCAGCCAGGGCUUCCCGCGGCGCGAGAUCCGUGGAUGCCGCAGGCGCCAGGACUAACGGCGACGACUCCUCCGUGGAGGGGCUGGGAGACGGCUGGGACCAGGGGGUCUCCAGGGAUUCCCGGCACUCCGUGAUCACCCGGCACCGCCGGGAGAGGCCUGGGAAUUCCCAGCCUCCGAGGAGGCGGCACCGCCGCGCCGGCGAGUCCCAUUUGUUACGGAACAACUUGCUGGGCGACUGGAGGGGCUCCGAGGAGCUCACCCAGAACACCCUGGACAUGGAGUGUCUCCGUUUCCAUUAUAAGCUAAACCAGGUCCUUGGGAAUAGGAAACCGCCCUUUUCUACCUCCGAGAGCAUCUUCCCAAGAGACUUUUCCCGGCGGGACCCUCUGACCCCGCCGUCCGCGCAGGACAGGAGCCCCUUGCAGGUGACCAUCCCACCCUCACACACGUGGCUGGGCCGGAGCAGAUCCCGCUGGCAGCGGGGCCGGCACGAGGAGGACACCCCCGGGGACACCAGGAGGAGAUCCCCAUCCCGCUCCCGACCCCCCUUCUGCCUCGGGAAGCUCCACCAGGACGGCCGGCCGCUGGAUUCCUGGGAGGACGUCACCGUCGUCCUGGACGAGUAUUCCGAGCUGCCGAGGGUGGUGCUGAGCAGGGCGGACGCCGGGAAGGAGGGCGGAGGGCACGGAGAGCCCCGGGAUGCGGGGCCAGGCCCGUCCCGGCGCGGGAGGCCGGCGGCCUUCCAGGGCAUGAUCGGGGAGCUGUGCGGGGCCCUGCGCUCCCACCUGCGCCGCGUGGCCUCCGAGGCCUCCACGCACCCGGGAAUGUUCUACCUGGUGGAGACGGGCAAGGAGCCGUUCUUCGAGAGGGUGAAGGCCCUGCUGAGGAAGGAGGGUUGGGUGAGGACGGAGCCGCGGAGCUUCUGCGGGGGGAGGCGCCGGGCGGGCGACCAGCUGCUCGUCAUCAUCCGCAACGAGGACAUCUCCUCCCACAUCCACACUAUCCCGGGAUUGCUGGAGCUGAAGCGCUGUCCCGGCGUGGUGUUCGCCGGGGUGGACAAUCCCGAGGAUGUCACGGGUCACACCUACCAGGAGCUGUUCCACACCGGGGGCUUCCUGGUGUCCGACACCACAGUCUUGGAAUCCAUGUCUCUGGCCCGGCUGAAGGAGGUGGUGAAGGUGCUGGAGAAGCUCAACAGGAGCGGGAGGUGGAAAGUGGCUCCUUCACUACAGGAGAGCAAGAAGCUCCGAGGAGACCUCAGGGUGACCCCGGAUGCCCACGGGAAGCAGCUGCUCCUGAAGUGGUGCCAGGAGGAGGGGCUGGUGGAGGUGCUGCCCUUCCACGGCUGCGACUCCCCCGGCGCCCCCGAGAAGCAGCUCCUGAGGUGCCUCCUGGGGCUGCAGGUCCAGCACGUCCGGGCCAGGCUGGGAGUGUUCCUGACCCAAAACCCCGGAGCGAGGAGGGAGGUCCUGGAGAGCAAAGGGAUCCUGGUGGCCGACGUGAGCUCCUUCCUGGGCACCCUGCAGGGCGUGGCCGCUCCCUUCCGGAGGAGCUACUGGUGACAAAGCCGAGCCAGGACACGGCUCCUCCCCACGGUGGCACCAGUUGGAGCAUCCCAACCCUUCCGGGACACCCCAUCCCGGCGGAUGCUCCGGGUGGCGCGGGAAGGGCCGUUCGAGUCUGCACAGAAAACUGACUGGGAGGUGGCCAAUCCACCCCCCCCUCCCCGGGGGGUUUUAUUCCCUGUUCCGGGGGUUUUAUUCCGUUCCGGGGGUUUUAUUCCCUGUUGCACCCCAGGACAGAGGUCGUCGUAACGCGGCAGGUUUAUUAUCGGAGCGUUUCCCAGCGUUUUUGGUGCCGCUGACAUCGGAAGAAACAGGAAGAUGGAGAUCUCCAGAAAGCCGUUUUUACUUGAAGGAAGGUCGGGAAGGACAAUUAACCCCCCUCCCCACGGGGUAGUGCCCUGCCCCCCUACACUACAUUUCAGCUCACCCCCCGUUUUCUCACGGUACCAUUUCCCUGCUGGGACUCCAUUCCGGCGCAUUCCAGCACCUGGAAUUCCUGUAAAUAGCCGGGAUAUAGGAAUGAAAUUAAAGCUCUUAUUUAUGGGGGCCGGGAUGGAGACGCAGGGUCGGGGUUUGUCCUCUUCUAUUUUGGGGUUUUUUUAAAUGAAAGCGUUGCAGUUGUCCUUCUGUUGGGGACGGAUUUGUAAAGAGUUUGAAUAAUAAAACCUCAAAACAAA